AUGAUUCAGAACCCUCAGGACCCUGCCGACGGAGCAGAUGCUGCCUCCGUGGUCACGGCUCCCGUGGCGCCGCUGGUGACCACAGUGCUGGAGGCAUUGGAGUGCCGCCUGGCAGCAAUUGCAAGGAAGCAUUACGAACAUGUUGGUGACAGUCACAGCUACAGAGGUUGCGGAAAUCCGGGAAAGCUUCUGCGGGAGUUCUUCGCAACUGACACUGCCAGGGCUGAGUUUGGUACUUGGCUCGACGAGCAGAUUGGAGAGGAUGCAGCAGUGGCAUAUACGAAAUGUGCUGCUGACUGGAAGCAGGUCAGUGUUUCCCGGGAGGACGAAGCACAGCCUAUGUUCCUCCCGGCUUCUCUGUUUGCCUACGACAAUUGCUCAACUGCCGGCCCAGUCAUGCUGCACAAGAGCAAGCAGAUGGCAGAACACAUCCUCAAGGAUGGAUUUGUAAGUCAUUCAGAGCCCCUCUUCGUCCUGCCACCCGACAAGGAUUGCAUUCCAGCAGCCGGCAUCCUCCCGAAGUUCUCCGUCACUUACGUGAAAGGACAAAGCCGAAUGGUUACUGCACUGGCAAUCCUUGCAGUCAUGAAGCGUGAUGGAAUGGAACUUCGCGAGGCGGCACCACUUCUUUGGAAGUCCUUGCAGCGCAUCCAGUGCAAGAGCAUCGAGUGCAGUGACGCUCAGGAGCAGCUGUGCAGGUUCUACGGGUUCAAAAUCUCCUCGAGAGGAUCACUUCGCGAAGCACCCACGGCAGUGACAUGGGUGCAUGCCCUCCUCAACCUGCAGAAGACUGGAAGAUACGACUGUCAGAACGUUCUGACAGCAUGGAACAGUCGGUCGGUGAAAACCGACCAGGUUACUGGUGGGAAAUAUAUGUCAGUGAAAAACUUAUUGGACUUGCCCGACAAGGCAAGAGGAGUGGUGAUGGAUACGGCUUCGAGGCUCGGCUUCAAGUCGUGUCCGUUCUCGGACGACAAUUUGUCGUCCAAAAAACUGGUCCCUGGGUUUCUCUUCCGGUGCUCCCCCAAGCUCAAAAACUCGAAAUGGCCCAAGAUGUCAACCGUAACGGCUGAGUCCACGGCGCUCUGUCUGGAGUCAGCAGUCUCCAGCUUCGAAGCAAGCCCCUUGAGAAAACGACUCAGCAAGAGCGAAUUGGAGGAAAGAUUGGAGAUGUGCACGUUGGCCGUCGGCCUUCGUGAUGACCUUGUGCAGUCCGUCGCCGGCAUCGAGGGCCUGCUGGCCGACAAGUGGAUGAGCCGUGUCCGAAAGGGCGAUGGUGUGAUUGAGAUGGAGCUCUGCACAGCCUUGAGGAACAAGACUGAGACCUUUGGGCCCAGGGACAUCCCGAGUCUCUCCAAGCUCAUCGACCAGUGUUCCAGCAAGAGUGCUGGGCUUGCUGCUGAUUCCACGGCCACUGCCGAGUCAUUGGAUCUUGCGGCAAGAGAUCUUGCAAAGAAGCAGUUUGAGUGCUUGCUCUCUGAGACCAAGCACGAUCAGCAGGUCUUCGAGAUCUACUUGCAGAACCGUGCGAACCAUACUGUGAAUGUCCAGGGCAUUGCUGUUCAGUAUCAGAAGAAGUUAUCAGAUGAAGCCCGGGCAGCAGUGGAGAAAUGGUGGGACAAGCACGUGCUUGGACGAAGCUGCUGCUGGUAUGCAGCUCCUGUGGCGUACAAGCAGAACAAGCAGGACUUGCUGAAGGUGACCGUCAGCGUGCAGAAUCUGAUCUCGCCAUGCCUCGUGUCGGCGGCACACUUGUCGGCGCAGAUGCAGGUUGUGCAGCAUGUGCUUGCAGAGGAUGCGAGGAACCUAGGCCUGGUUCUCCUUCCGGUGUUCAGUCACAAAAAGAAUGGGCGCUACGCAGAGGAGGAACUGAUAAUGAAGGAGCUGGGGAAGAUCGGAUGCAACCUCGACCACUCCUUCUCUGUGAUCUUUGCAGACAGAACUGAUGCCCGAGACGAGCGACCCCUGAACCUCGCUGGGCGCUUCCUUUGCCCGACGGACGACAAGGGGCACAUCGCCAAGUUCUGGGCAAAGAGUGCCCUUUUGGUGAAAGGGCGGACAACGGAGGCCGCCCAGAUCAAAGCAAUCGACAUGAUGAAAAUCCUGGACCCCGCCGCAGUUCCGACUACGAAUGCCGACGAGCCUCUCCGCGGCGCCCUCAAGUACGCCCAGAUCGGCAGGCAGGCAGCAAGCAGGGUCCUGGAUGGCCCAACGGUGCCUUCCUCGCAUCUGCUUGAGAUCUUGGACACGACGCCCCUCGUGGGCAACUUCCUGGAAGCUUUUAUUGACAAGACACAGCAGUGCAACCUUGCCAUGCACUACACGGGGGUCUUCCCCAACGAUGCUGACCAAGAGUGGUUCACCAUGACACACCAAGACUUGCUGAUCCAGCAAUAUCGGAAUUCGGAGCUCAAAGUGUCUGGGCACCCCAAGAAGCUUGGUUGCACCCAGCUUCAUUGCAUUUCACAGAAAGACAUGUCUCCUGAGGAGCUGCCGAGGGAGCAGGUGUUGGCACCUCCGGAGCUGCCAAGCUUGAAGCAGCUGGUGUAUGGAAAGGACAGCGAGGGAAAUGCUCAGAUGGUGCACCUGCCAGAAGCAUUGAUCCAGAAGUGGUUCCACGACCCAAUCCACGGCAGCGAGUUCCGCGGCCUGGUGGAUGAAUUGGCCAAACGAUACGGAACACUGGAGGACUUGAAGACUGCCAACCAGGCUCAGGCAUCAUCGACACCAAGUGCUGGAUCCAAGCGCCUGGGUGUGGGACCUGCCCCAGCAGCGAAGCGUCUGAAGUUCACCGUGUCACCUGAGCAGUGCAUCGCCCAAGACAAGAUGAUUGGUAUUCAGGUGGCCCAGGUCCCACUGCUCAACAUCCGGGUGCCAAAGGACGUGGAGCCUUUGUCGAUGAGUAUCCGAGAUAAUGGCAGCAUCUACCUUGUUUCAGUGCCAUUCGGGACUGUCUUGAGUGGCUUCGGCAAAGGGAAGUUCAACCAGCUGGCUGCUGAUGCAACGCUGGAUGACAGGAACCUCUUGCUUUUCCACAUCAAGGGCCCCAGCGACCUUGUUGUCUUUGAUGGCAAGCUCAUGGAAGUUCAGGCAGUCCUGGCGCAGAGGCUGGCUGCAGGGAGUGCAGAUGUCAAGGUUGCAUACCACAAGACCGAGCAAGUCGGUGGCCAGACGUGGAACUUCACCAAGGAGCACAACAUCAGCUUCAAGCCGGAGGAUCUGAAUGUGCCGGACAAGAACAAGAUUCCCCAGAACUCGGGCAGUUUGGGCUCUGCAGACUUCAGCAAGUGGAACUCAGACCUGACCCAAAUGCUAUGGACAGUUUCGUGGACAGUGACAGGAUUGAGCCCUGUGCGGCCAGUUGUGGCAACCAUCAAAGAUGUGACAUUGCCCAAGACCGCAUGUGUGCUGCUUCCAGCUGCCAGCUAA